AUGGUAAAGAAGCCGGGGGCGCUAAAUACCAGGUUCGAAUACCUGUUGGCAAAGCACGAGACGGGGGAGAGUGCGUCGUUGCGCAAGUCGGGGACAACCGAGGAGUACUCUGAACACGACCAGCUCCUGACAGACAUCAAGUUGCGCAUGGACGAUUUUGCCAAGAACGAAGCCGCGCGCAAGGAUGCUGCGAAGCGGAAACUGGAAGGCGUCGAGAAUUCGGGAUUGGUCAUGCGCCAAUUGGCCAUGGCAGAGCUUGAAACGUCUGCCAAGAAGAUCGAGGACGCUGAGAUCACUCCGAUCAAGCAGAGCAAGAAGUCGAAGAAACCAGCUCCUACCCUCGAUAUUGCGAGCCUUAUGGGCAUCAUUCGUGAAGGCAUUGAGAACAAGGAGCGGCGUGAGGCGCAGCGUUUACAAUAUGAUCGUGAACAAGCUAAUCGCCAUGAUGAGCAGCUUGCUGCGCAACAACGUAAUAGCGCAGGAAAAUGA